GGGAGAUGGGGUGGGGGUGGGACGCUAGCAGGAGAGGGGUGUCUGGUGGGCCAGGAAUGGAGUCCCUGGGCACAGCGCUUGUCCUCCUGGUGCAGUUCUGGGGAGCCACAGGCCUGAGAGUGCAGCAGGAGCCCAAGUGGCUGCGGGCGACUUCGGGCAGCCGGGUGACCUUGGCCUGCCAAGUGAUACAGUCCCAAGUCUGGGAGCGGCUCCGUGUUGAGUGGACCAAGGACGGCGUGUCCCUGUGUGAGCCGCACAUCACCAACGGCAGCCUCAGCCUGGAGGCCUGUGGGCCUCGGGGACAACUUUCCUGGAAGCCACCUGGCAAUCUCACCCUGCAGCUGGACCACGUGAGCCUCAACGACAGUGGGGACUAUGUGUGUUCGGUCACCGAGGAGAUUCCUAACCUGAACAUGAAGCAGGGCAAUGGCACGCAGCUCCUGGUGGUGAAAGAAAAGGAAAGGGGAGCUGAGGUGAGCAACACCUCUGUUCAAAGCAGGACGGUGUUGCUGCCUGGGUGCGGGACCCCAGUGACUCAGGCUGAGACUCGGUUUCCUUGUACGAAAAAUGGGCUUGACAGCAGAGCUGAGCUAAAACAAAACAACAACAACAACAAAAACCCGGGAGCCCUAAAGAUGGUGGAUCCCGUGACCAGUAUCGGAUGGCGGGUCCCCGAACCAGACCACCGACGCAGGACUCCCGGUGGCGCCGCUGGUGGCAGGGGGCGUGGCCGUGGCCGCCUUCGCGCUGAGCGCCUGGGUGUGGGGCCGCUGUCGCAGCCGGCGCGGGGACUCAGCCUCCUAGCCCCCAGCAGCGCCUGGCCCAGAAGACUUGCCCCAGCCCCAGGUCGAAUCACCCUAUAUCUACUGCCCGCGUCUCCCCUGACCCACACCCCUCGGGGCAGCAGAGGCCAGGAGGGCUCCUUGAAGUGGGAAGACGACUCGAAACCCCAGAAAAGACCCCCUCCCACCAACGGCCAUGUGAAAAUGUGACUGAUUUCCCAAAGAGUCAGGGAGUCCAACAGCCCAGCCCAAGACCCCGUCCUCAUUACUGUAACGCUGGCCUCCUCCCUCACCCCCAAAGCGAUCGAUAAAGGCUUAUA